AACUUCUACGUGCUUUGAAUGCCGAUAUUGCAGCUACUGGUCAAGAGUUAGGCACGUUACCCAUGGAGCCCGACUAUGCCGAUACUGUGUACAAUGAAUUGGAAUUGGCCAGCAAAUAUGACAUGUUACGUAAAUUACAAAGAGACAUACAGGAAGAACAGGAUCUCGUUAGUAAAUCAGCAGUUCUAAUGAAAAUGCUAGAGGAUCCUACAAUCGAUACUCUUCCCAUUGUCUAUGUUGAAGAAGAUUUACCCGUUGAGGAAACAAAUAACAACAAUAAUAAUCUAGACUUCAAUGAUAACAACAAUGGUAUGGCCAAACGUUCGCGUUAUUACAGACGUUACCCAUGGAAACGUCACAACAGGAACCGCAGCACCUAUGAUCCCGAACUACGUUACGCCUGUACUCCCACCAAAGAAGAUGUUUUCAAACUAUUGGUAAAUUUACAUGAAAAUCGUAACGGUAAAAAUGGUAAAACCGUAAGUUUUUGCAAUCGCAAACGUCCCGCUAAAGCUAUUUUUACAAAUAUACGUUUCCUGGGUUAAAUAACUCAAAAAUCGUUGAAGACAAAUUUAGAAGAAGAGGCGUUUUAUUAAAUUGGAGAGUGAAAUAUGUUUUUAAAUAAAAGUAUACGCAAAAAUCAAAAAUUUCCCAAAAAGGAACAGCCAAACUAAAAAAAUUAUUAAAAUUCUGUACAUGAAAACAAAAUGGAGAAAUAAUAGCACUUAUUUAAACUUUAAAAUGCCCUUCGAGCAGCUUAACUUAGUAUUAACUUAACUGACUUAAAAACUAAAUCACAAAAAAAAAAUAUAUAUAUAAAUUAUACAUAUGUACACACAAACACACAUUUGUAUUAUUAACAAUAUUUAAAACAAAUGCACU